CACAAUAAGUGAUGACUGUAUUUAGCAAACGCAUUUUUUUCAGUAUAUCCAUAACUUCAAACAAAAAACACAAUAUCCAGUUCUACAUACAAUGUAUUUCAUCCCGCGGUAGCAUGCACCCUCUGGCAAAAAAAAAACGUGACACAUAAGUGAACCUUACCUAGCAAAUAGCAAAACAAACAUACAUCCUUCCGCUCAUGUAGGUACGAUCCGAACACGAGUGACUGAACUGAUAGACCAGGAAAAAAACAGCAUCGAAUCUGAAUCCCAACAAGACUUAAUAGGAGAACGACAGGUAGUUCGAUGGUGGUGCAGUCGAUAGCUUUUCCGUCUAGUCGCAUCAUCGUCCAAUUUUUUGCUUUCAACACCAGCAUUUCAUUUCGUUGAAGUGUGGUUUCGAUUCUUGUUUCGACUGUUCCAGAGUGGAAUCAAAAAUUGAUCAGCCGAUAAUGGACGGUGGCGGUCUAGUAAUCGAUGAGUUUUGACAAGAUGACACCGUGCAUCUUGUGCACUGUUUUGAUGGUAGUUUCCAUUUUAGUAGUGGAGGUCGUUGCGAAUCAACAAACACCAUGGAUUGUGACGAUACAUCAGCGGUGGAGCAACAGUAGCGAGAUGCUCGUCGAGAAACCAUGUCGAGGAGUGUUGGUCGAUAGCAGUAGGGUGUUGACGGUGAAUUCUUGCGUCCGUACCGGGUGUCCAGGAGUGGAACUGGUUGUAGAGAGUUACUGCGGAGUACCGGAUAGGAUGGUGUUCAAUGUGACAGAACAUCCAACGGCGGAUCUUGCAAUCCUUUUCGUAGAUGUCCCAUUUCCGGUCAAUGGAUCGUUGGUAGACUUCCCAGAUUCAGGAAGGAAGCCUUCCAACUCCAGCGUGGCCUCCUUGGAUACGAUGUCCGGUAUGCAAGAAGUUCCUCUAUUUCCAGACGAUCCUUGUCUCAACACUCGCGACACAACUCCACAAGACAAACUCUUCAUCGUCUCCAAGUGCGACACAGUCCCAGGAAGUCCGUUAUUCCACCAUCAAAACAGUAAUGGCACUGUCCUCAUGGCCCUAGUAUCGUCAAUUCCGUCCAACUGCCACACCACACCAUGUCGCAUCCAUCUAACGGACAUUUCCCGUCACCGCGAAUGGCUCGCGACCGAACUAAGGGACCAAGAACCAGCCCCCUCCAUCAAACUCCCGAAAAUCCCAGCCACCGUGGUCUUCAGCUUCCUGAAACUGCUGGCCGUGGUCAGCUCCCUCGGUGGUAUAUCGUUUGCCUUUUGCUGUGUCAUGUUUCUGAUCUCCAACUAAUAAAUUAUCACUCCCGGGACGGACCGGCCCCGCUAAUCCACUUCCCGUUUUGGGGUUUGGUUGGUGGAUCGGUGUAUUUAUCCACUCCGUUUUGCUCUAACGUAGUGGGUAGGCAGGCAGGCAUAUCAUCAAACAGGAGUUCCCGGCGGUGUGUAUUGUUUACCUUGCCAACCACCACGCUGCGGUCAAAAGUCAGCUGAACCCGAGACAAAAAAAACCACGCUGGCAGAAGAAUGUGUGGUCUGGUCGCGUAUGGUGAACAUGUGAGUUUCCCAACCCUUCAACGGCUCUUGGGCAUUUCAGUAACUGUGAUGCCAGAUAGUGAGUUAUUUAGAAAACCACUUAUGGAUAUCUUUAGAAAUUCCUCCAUGGAUUCCAAUCAAAAAAAUGUUCAGGUAUUUCUUGGGAAACUCUUCCAGCGAUUCCUUCAAAAAUCAGCCAGGGAACAUUUUCUAAAAAUUCGUCAGGAAUCCUUUGGAGAUUUCUCUAAGAAUUCCUUCAAGAAAUCUUCCAGGAUUCUUUUACAUAGUACAUUCAUAGCUACCUUUAAAAUUUUCUUCGAAGAUUUUUCAAAUUUAUCUCUAAAAUUUAUUAAUGAACUCUAUUCCAUGAAUUCCUCCUGAAAUUUCCUCAUGGAUUUAUUUAGAAAUUUCUCCAGAAAUUCCAUUCAGAAACUCUCACUCGGAUUUCUUCCGAAAGUUCUUCCAAGACAUAUUCCAUGAGUUCCUUAAGAAAUUCCUUUCAACUUUGUUUCAGAAUUUUCUCCAGAGGAUCCUCUUGGAAUUUACAGCAAUUCCACUAGAUUAGCAUCUCUGGGUUUCCUCAGAAGAUAGUCCAUAGAUUCUUUCAGA